AGGAUUUAUAAAGUAUUUGAUCCACAAUCACACUGUGGUAAGUAUUGUGAUUAGUCUCAUUUCAAAGAUGAGAAAAUUGGGUGAGCAAUUUAUUCCUGAUCACAUAGCUAAAUAGGUAGUAUGUGAACUCAGCUGAUCUGCCCCUAGAGCACCAGCCUCAAUGGAGCCCUUAGGUUUUAUAUGUCCAGAUCUUCUCCAUCUUGGGCUCUGUCCCUUUAUGGUUAUGCUAAUGGUUUUAGCUUUAAUGCUUCUUUAAUGCUUAUUCUGAAAUAGUUUUUUUAAGGAAAAACCACUGACUUCUGUUUUUCUUUCUGUCUGUUUUAGAUGUAACCCUGAGCAGAAAGAAUUAGAAUCAGAGACUUGAAUUUGAAUCCUGCUGUGUGACAUCAGACAAAUCAGGGUUAAUCUGAACAAGUCCAAUUACCCAUAGGUAGUAGAAAUUCUUUUCUGGGAGUCAAUAUCUCCUUUCAAAUGCACAUGUUUAAAGUAAUGUAGACUGAAGACCAGGGUGGGGCAAGCCUUGAAUGCCAGGCCAUGAACAAGAUGGGACUGUGCAUGUUGAAAUCUGCUCCUCUGCCUGGAGAGAAGGCGGGCCCGAUGUGAUCCAGAGAAGAUAACCCAGAAGUCCCUGCUGUGGAUGUGCGGCCAGCCGCUGCCGGAGCAAUGCGAACCAACCAACUCGUGAAAUAUAUUUUGUUUAUUUCUUGUUACCUCUUCUGGGUGGCCAGUGGUCUAAUGAUAGCCAUGGGUUUGUAUGCAAAGCUCUCCAAAGAAUCAGGUGCUGUGGAUUCCCUGCUGGCAGAGCCCUCUCUCAUUGUCAUCAUUGUGGGGAUCCUCACAUUCAUUGUCACCUUUGUGGGCUGUACUGGUGCCCUUAGGGAUAUACCCUUGCUGCUGAAAAUAUUUGCUGUGAUCUUGCUGUUGAUCUUCAUGCUCCAGGUGGUGGCUGUGGGAGUAGCCUUUCUCUUCUCUGGCCAGGUGAUGGAUAAGGCUGCAUUUCUCAUGGGAAAAGCCAUAGCCAGCUACCGGGAUGACCUGGAUUUACAAAAUCUCAUUGACUACAUACAGAAGAAGUUUGAGUGCUGUGGGGUGCGUUCCUACAAAGACUGGUCCCAGAAUGAAUAUUUUGACUGUAGCAGUUCCAAUCCAAGCUUGGAACGUUGUGCUGUCCCUUUUUCCUGCUGCAUCCCCGAGGAGGAACAGAAUUUUCUUAACACCAUGUGUGGCUAUGGGACCCAGAAUCUGAAAGCCUGGAAGGCAGAAAGUUUGAUCUACACAGAGGGUUGUUUGGAGAAGAUAGUCACUUGGGGACGGAGUAACCUAUAUCUGAUCGCUGGAUUGGCUCUGGGCCUUUUAGCAAUGGAGGUUAUUGUCUUCUCUUUGACUGUGACGCUAAUUUAUCAGAUCAGCUUUAUAAUUCAGAAGAGAACCAACACAAAGAGAAUUCUAAGAGAAUUGGACCAGAAAGAGGAGAAUUCUGGGCUUUCUUCAGCCCUACCUAGGGAGGAAUGUAGAUGAAGAACAUGAGAGGCAGUGGAUUAAAGACAAACUUUUUAGCUCAAGUCAGCCCAGAGGGAAAGCUAAGGAGCCACAUUCAACUAGAAUCAUUGCCUGUGAAUGAAUCCAUGACAUCUGGAAUGCAGCAGAUGCUUCUUCCAGCCAGUCCUCAUGCAUCUUGAGGGGAAAAAAUUAAGACUUAGAAAAUUUGAGUUUGAGUCUUGGAUUUGCUAUUAACUUACCAAUUAUAUCCCCUCAGUUUUUCUUUUUAAAAAUUCAAUUUUAUUUCAUUUUUCCAUCUCCCCAUUUUCCCCCUUACCUUCCAGCUUCCCACUUGGAGAAGGCAAGGAAAACAAAAUCAUUACAAAUAUGCAGAGCCAUGCCAAACACUUUUCUGUGUUAUGGACCUCGGUUUGUGUUGGAUUGGGGAGUCUGUAAGAUCUUUUUUUAGCUCUAAAAGUCAACAUUCUGUUUUUGUAGGUCCCUUUCAGCUUUCACAUUUUAUACUUUAUGCUCUACAGAUUUGUGUUUUAUGUUUAGGGCCCUCCCAUUUCUGACUUCCCUCCUGACACUGGCAUUAGUAUUUAUUAAUACUAAUAAAAAAUUAGUAUUAAUUUUUCUUUUGGUUUUGAGCCUAUGUUUUUCUUUACUUGUACAGAAUGGUACCUCCCCUUCAACUUAAAGCCUUAGAGAAAAAGUUACUUGAUUUUUUAAAAAAAAUUAAUAAUUUAAUAAUUUUGCCUGGGAUCCCCCACAGUCAGUAUUUGUCAGGGGUGAUCUUCAUGACUGCAAAGCUGAUUCUCUAUCUGCUAUGUUGUAAUGCUUCUCAUGACUGUAUUCCAAUGAAAAGAAGUGCUUUUCUUGUGAGAUUUCUGAUGUUUCUGCUGUUAUCCAGAAGAUCAGGCCGGUCACAUUCGGAAUAGUAAACAUGGAGAUGACUUAUCACUGAGGGUCCAGUUCCAGGAGGCAAGAGAAGGCCACAAAAAUGCAACUCUACAGGCCUAGAUGUUUCUGUAUCUGUUUAAAGAUUUAGAAGAUUUGAACAAAAUCAGACAUGAGACAUUGCAAAUCCUGCAAUAAACAUGAAUGUUGUGGGAUUUUUUGUUUGUUUGUUUUUUUAAAGGAAUCUAAAAUACCUGAGGGAGAGAAGGUUGGGAGUUUGAGAAGAAAGUUAAAUCUGAAUACCAAGAGUCAAGCAGUUCCUGAAUAAAUUGCUCCAGGUUUAGUAUGAUGUACAUAUUGUUGAGCUAACAAACAAUGACUCAAGCAUUUAUUAUGUUCUAUGGGCAGGAACUCGAUUGUAGGUAUAAUCUUCAAUGGCCCCACAGAUUGGUUUGUUUUUUCAAGCUUUUUCAAGCUUUUCAAAUUUCAUUUCUCUCAAAGUUAUUAUCAGUCAAUCAGCAAGUCAGUCAAGAAACUAUGGGGGCAGAACCAUCCAACAGCUCCAGAGUCAGAAUGGGUAGUCAUAUAGUCAAGAAACCUCAAUUCCAAUCCUGCCUCAGAUAUUAGUUGUGUAACUCCCAGUCAUUAAAUCUCUGUGUCCAAAUGCCACCUUCUAUAUGAAGUGACUGCUGCACUCCCAUCCCAAACCACUUUGUAGUGAUUCUGUAUCUGUCAUUUAUGUGUUUAUGUAAUGGGGGAUUGGCCAAGGAAAACUGAGAGCUGGGACCAUCUGGGUAUACAUGUUGGAGGAUUCUUCUCUCUCUAUUUGAGAGCCUGUGUAGAUAGAUAUUCUGUGACUACUUCUAUUCUACUGACUGUGUGAUUUUUUAAUUGGCCCUUGAGUUGGAACUGGAACUAUACACAAAUGAUUCCCACAUGGGCAACUCAAUCUUUCUCCCUGUUGCCUGUGUUCCAGUGAGGAGGACAAACUGUUGGGGGCUUCUGGGUCAAGGAGGGACCUAGUUUGUUUCUCAUCUAAACCACUUCCAAUCUGAACAAUGCAUGGUUGUUCCAUUGCUUCUGUUUUUUUUAAUCUUAUUUAUUUUUUCUGUGAGCAAAUAUUUA